GCCUUUCCUACUGUCUCGUCUACUUUGGGAUUGUGUCCCGCAGUAAAACGACAUCGAACACACUCCAAGGAGUCAAAAAAUGACACUCAGUUUGAAGUAUCGAAUAGAAAACGCUGGAAGAUUUUCUUGGUCUCCAUUCAGAUACACAAGCUGUACGGGUCAAGAGACACGGAGAAUUUCCGUUUGCUCGUGUCAUGUCCGACAUGUCACCGUUGAAGGAUGUCCUACAUAGCGUGGAAUAACCCGCUUCCUUGAUGUAGGGGGUCUCUUGCAUUGAAACUAAUCGACUUGGCCUUUUUUUUGUCAAUGGAAUUGUACUCUGCACAGUGGUCCUUCCCGGCACAUCCUAUGCUUACCUAUUUCAUCAUCAUAGCCCGUUACCAUGGAGCCUUACAUCGGCCUGAGAGGGUGGUGGCUUACUUUCUGGUUGACGGUUGCGUGUGCAACAAAUAUGGCAUUGUUUGGAUAUGGCCAAGGUGUAUUCAGUGGUGUGGUCAUCUCUGACAAUUUCUUGACUACACUUGGUCUUGUUAACAACCCCAGUCUCAUUGGAACGAUAUCUGCGCUGUUCGAUGUCGGCUCAUUCUUCCAUGUGGUUUUGACUCUCUUCGUUGGUGGAUUACUCGGUCGAAAGAAGACACUACUCUUUGGUACCAGUAUCAUGAUUUUGGGGGCUCCAGUCUGGCAGAGCGAAACGUCUACCGUAGAAGUGCGCGGUAAACUUGUACACCUGGUCAUGUGCGUCGUUGGUCUUUCAGUUUGUAACUGGUUGGAUUACGGCUUAGCUUUUGUUGGUGAAUCUUUCAGUUGGAGAUCCCGACUUGCAUUCCAGUUCAUUCCCUAG